CUGCUUGUGAGCAGUUAGACUGCCUUUUGACCCUCUAAUGCAGGCUUGUCCCAUAAUUUGACUUCUCACAGAAUUCAUCUCCAUAAAAUGUCCACCUGACUGGCAGAUGUUUGAGAAAAGUUGCUACUUCUUUUCAACAUCAGCUAAAUCGUGGCCGGACGCUAAGCAGUUCUGUACUGAUCAAAGGUCUGGCCUGGUUAUCGUUAACACCGAAGAGGAACAGAUGUUUUUGUCAAAGCACAUCACUGAGCCCAACGUGUACUGGCUGGGUCUCAGCGACUCAGCGAAGGAAGACGAGUGGCGCUGGCUGGACGGAAGCCUCCUGUCUGUCAGUUUCCGCAGGUUCUGGGGGGCCGGGGAACCCAACAAUGCUGGGGGACACGGGGAGAACUGUGGCAGCCUGCACUUCAACAGGAAGUGGAACGAUGUCCCCUGCUCUUCGACUGAGCACUGGAUCUGCGAACAGAAUUUCCAGCUGAGUCCCUGAAUCCACAGCAGGGAGGGCAGGUGUCACACAGCCUGCCCCACGUGGGACUUCUCCAGAGCUUUCAUCUCUCUAAAUCAGUGAUUCUUAGACUGCCUCUCGUGAGCUGCAACAGGCUCUUUAAUGUGUCUCCUGUGGCUCUUUGCAGCACACGAUAUUAAAACACUGAUUUAAUUAUUAACCAGUCUAAGUUAUUAACCAAUCUGGAUGCUUUUACUACGUUAUUAACCCAUUGAGUCAUCAACUUGCAGUAAGCUACUAACUUAUUUGUUGUGAGAAUAAUAGAUAUAGUUAUAAAACUAAAUAUUUCCCAUCACACUGUUUAAAUAUGA